AUGGGAACGCUGGAUGCUGCAGCAGCUUUCGAGCCAGGUGCGCCUCCAGCGCAGACAAGGGGUACCUACCAACUAGAUGCAAUCGCACCCAAGCUACCAUCUGUCCCAGUACCGAUAUUUGAGGAAAAAAUAUGUGACUUCUCAGAUUUUUGGACACUAUUUGAGGCCAACAUGGACUCUCAGCACUCGUUAAAUGGAUUGCAACAAUUCAACUACCUACUAUCGGCACUACGUGGUGAGACGCGUCGGUUUAUCAAGGGAUACCCAAUCGGAGGAGACAAUUACACUCUCGCAGUGGAGUACACCUUCUCAACAUUAUACGUUAUACGCUAA